GGACUGUCCAAGUCAGCAUUUUUAAGGCCCACGUCACUUGAGUGUUGAUGUGGCUCCAGAAAUGGGUCCACUGGAGAAGAAAAUAUAUUGUGGAGGCCAGUUUAUGUGUUCACCAACCCAGAGCUAUUCAACAAGAGAAAGGCUGGAAGAAUUGGCAGGAGGGGAGCAGCACAGCAACCGUAACCAUGCUGAGCCCCAAGAUAAAACAGGCACGAAGGGCCCGCUCAAAAAGCAUGGUGCUUGGGGAGCUGUCGCGGGUGUCACGGCCCUGCUCUCCUCUGGACCAGGAGAAGGCUCUAAAGGCUGGAUGGCUCAAGAGGCAGCGCAGCAUCAUGAAGAAUUGGCAGCUGCGCUGGUUUGUUCUGAGGACUGAAGCUCUGUACUUUUACAAGGACCAAGAGGAGACGAAAGCGCAGGGCUGUAUCCCUCUUCAGGGCAGUCAGGUCAAUGAGCUGCCUGCCACUCAAGAUGAACCUGGCCGCCACCUUUUUGAAAUAGUGCCAGGGGCCAGUGGGGAAAAGGAGAGGCCUGGAAUAAGCCAUGAGUCUUAUCUACUUAUGGCAAACUCUCAGAGUGACAUGGAGGAAUGGGUCAGAGCCAUACGCAGAGCUAUAUGGGCUCCGCUCGGAGGAGGUAUCUUUGGACAGCACUUAGAGGAGACGAUGCUGUAUGAGGCUCAGUCAGCACAGCGAGAGGUGCCAGUGCUGGUGGAGCAGUGUGUGAGUUUUAUUCGUGAACAUGGACUAAAAGAAGAAGGUCUUUUCAGGGCUCCAGGACAGACGAAUCUUGUCCGAGAGCUGCAGGAUGCUUUUGACAGAGGAGAAAAGCCAGUAUUUGAUAGUACCACUGAUGUCCACACAGUGGCAUCGCUGCUGAAGCUGUACAUCAGAGAGUUGCCUGAGCCUGUGAUCCCAUUUGCCAAAUAUACACAGUUCCUCUCUUGUGCUCAACUUCUUACGAAGGAUAGAGAAAUGGCCGUGGUAGAGCUUUGCAAACAGGUUAAGUCCCUUCCUCAGGUCAACUACAACCUCCUUCGCUACAUCUGCAAGUUCUUGGAUGAGGUUCAGAGUCACUCUAAUGAGAAUAAAAUGAGUGUUCAGAACCUGGCCACUGUGUUUGGACCCAAUGUCCUUCGACCUAGAAUGGAGGAUCCUGUCACAAUGAUGGAGGGUAGCUCUCAGGUCCAGCACCUAAUGACUGUUCUGAUCAGCGAACAUUCUCGGCUUUACCAAAGAGACCAGCCAGAACCAGACGCUAAAACACCCUCCCAUCCUCAAAAUACUCCUCCUGUCCAACGUGGGAGGGUUGAGUGGCUGCCCCAAGAAGACAAAGACACACCCUCUACUUCAAAACCAGACUCCACUACUAACGAAAUACCCCAUUGUGCAACAGGCAUGGACUCUCAAAGUGGGGUCAGAUGUAAAAAGGAGGACAAACUAGAGGAAGUGUCAGAAAGCAAAGCUGAAGGGCGAGGUGGGAGUGACUUGACUGUGAGUCCAAGUAAACAGUCCAAACCAUUACCCACAUGGAAAUCCUCACUGAAGGGCGGAGCAGCAUCUGGAGGUCCGAGGGGUAAAAUAGGUGGGUCAGCUGGAGAUGUGUCUGCAGCAGGAGGCAGUAACUGGUUGAUGAACGGUUUGUCAUCCCUGCGAUCUCACAGGAGAACUACAUCGUCUGGGGAGAGACUAAAGGACUCAACUCUUUCACUUAAGGAUUCAGAUGAGGAUUCUAGGACUAAUUCAUCCUCCUUGAGCCAAAGAGCCCUACAAACCCACAGACUCUCCGCCUAUGACAAUGUAGCACCGUCCAGUCUAAGUUUGCCGGCAGACACCUCUACUCUGUGGACAUCCUAUGAGAUCUCACUAGACGAACCCAAGGGCAGUGAAAAAGAUGUGAAAGUAGGGCAGGCUAAAGACAAGUGCACAGAGGUGAAGGACACUGAAAAUGUUGGAGAGACCAUUGUGAGCAUUACAGUGAAUGAGCCUGAAGAGACUGACACAGAGAAACAGGAGGGCUGUAAUGAGGCAGUGAGCGAACUCAAGCAGGAGCUGAAGAAUCAGAGGAAGAACUAUGAAACACGCAUCCGCAAGUUGGAGGAGUCCUGCUCUAAAUACCAGUCGCAGGUGAGCCAGCUCGAGGAGGAACUGGAUCAAGAGAAGAAGAAGCUCCACAUGUUAGAGAUUCGACUCAGGAACUCCGAAAGGGCUCAUCAAGAUGCAGAAAAACGCAACAUCCUCCUUCAAAAAGAGAUGGAGGACUUUUUUAAAACACUGGGGGACCUGACGACUGGAACAGGGCGGACAAACUAGACCAGGUCCAUAUGUCUUCAGGAGGUCUUUUAGAGGAAAGAUAACCCUCUACUGCUGUACUACUACUUGCCAUUGUGUCCUCUAAGCGGCCAUCUUGUGCCUACACUGACCAAUGCUGGUGCCAAAC